UUGUGGAUUUUUUAUUUUUUAUUUUUUCGUUAAACGGGGCAGUGAAUAAUUUUGGUUUUGUUAAUCUAUCAAAUAAAUAAUCCCAAACUCCCUCGCCUCACGCCGUCGACCCCCUCCCUUAUCUGCUUGGGUUUUUCUCCGGCGGUGACCAUCACAAAGACCCGCGAACCAGCGUUGCUCGGACGUUUCCGGCGUUACCCACGUAACCCAAACCACGUGGUCACUGAGUUCUUUUCGUCGUUGAACUCAUCGACGGUUGUCUACUUCGGCAACGAUGUCAGGCAGCACGCGGGAAUGCUACACUUGCAGCCGUUACCUGCGAUUGGUGAAUUGCACCAGCUAGAAGCUUAGAGUUCUAGUUCUGGAUUGAACCAACUAGAAAUUUUGGUGCUUAUACUCACUCCGAUUUGCCUCUAAUCGGAUUACCCAUUACGUUGAUAGUUCAGAUCUAGAAGUUUCGACUCUUUCGGACAGCAACCAGAGAAGAUCAAGCCUUUUUGGUUAGUUUCAGGUAUGAAAGAAAUUUGAUUGAUUGGAAUUCCUAUCUCUGUAUGCGACUUUUUGUUGUUGGGAUUGCUUGCUUAUUAUGUGUAAGCCAAAUUUAUUGACGGUUAAUUGCUUGAAACUAUUUGUGGGAAGAUGGCUUAUAGUGGUUUUACAUUACUUUGAAAUGAAGGUUCAUGUGUGUUCCACUCAUAUGGUCUAACUCUUAAAAUAAUUGCAUGGAAUGUUCUCUUAGUCAUAUUAGAUUGAUAGGUGUUACUGACGGCUAGCCAAAUAUGUCUUGACUACUCUAAUUUGCAUCUUUUCCACUAUGUUUAAUGAAAGUAUUGAUUGAUUGAAAGUUCUGUUUGAUUGAUAAUUUUGUUCAAUAGAAAAUCUUAACUGAUUGAUAUUGAAAAUCCAUUCCAAGCUUUGUUUUAUUAAAAGUAUUAAAGUUUUGUUUUAUUGAAAGUUUUUUUGGAUGUUGUAAAAGCCUAUUUGGAAGUUGUAGUUUGAAACUUUUGGUUUUGAAAGCUUAAUUGAUAAAAAGAUUUUGGAUUUGAAAGCACGAUUGUAACAAAGCUAUAACUGAAAUAGUGCAAGAGUUUGUAUGUUUAAUUGUUUUGAAAGAAGAAUGGAUUUCAAAAUUUGAUAUGAGAAUUGAUUAUUGAAUCUUUUUGUACUCAUUCUUUUUUCUAAAACAUUUUCAAAUGAAGGAUAAAAUGAUAGUUUUGAAAGAAGUGAAAUUUGAAGUCUCGCACAAGACAUUAUAAGAUUUUUGUAGGACUUGAUAGUUUACCUUAACAAUCAUUUAUAAGAAUUUUUUUCCACAGAACCGUGUCAGUCGUUAUAGUUUCUAAUUGUUAUGUUUUAUGUAUUAUUGUUUGAUAAUAGUUGUAUUAGAAAAUAUAGGCUUCUGCACGAGAAUUUCUUAGAUCCUGACGGCAAACAUAGUUUGACUGAGCACGGUUUGCUACCAUGAUACGGUCGGUGAUAGUGAUGAAUACUGAGGGCAAGCCUCGGUUUGCUAAGUUCUACGAUUUUCAGCCCAUAGAGAAGCAGCAGGAGCUCAUUCGCAGCGUCUAUGGAGUACUUUGCAGUCGAGCUGAGAACGUCAGCAAUUUCGUGGAGGCUGAGUCCAUCUUCGGUUCGGACUCGCGUCUUGUUUACAAACACUUUGCAACCCUUUAUUUUGUGCUUGUCUUUAACAGUUCUGAGAAUGAGCUUGCCAUGCUUGACCUGAUACAAGGCCCUACUUUGUCAGUUUUUGUAGAAACAUUGGACAAGUGCUUCAAAAAUGUAUGUGAGCUUGACUUAGUGUUCAACUACAGCAAGAUGCAUUCGAUUUUGGAUGAAAUCAUUUCUGGUGGCCAAGUGCUAGAGACUAGUUCUUCUGAAGUGAUGAAGGCUGUUGAAGAAAUAUCCAAGUUGGAAACAGCCUCAAAUUCUAUCAACUUUGUCUCAAAAACAGUUUCUGGUUGGCGGGGUUGAGUUCGUUGUUUUAACCGAGUUGGCAACACGAUUCAGGGGGCAUUCUUUAGAUGCCUUGCCUUGAAAUUUUUGCUAGACCUGUUGUUGGUUUUGACUGAUUAGUGUGGAUAGGCAAAUCUCCAAGCUAUUCGAUUCGAAGACAACACGUAUUUGCAUCAUUAAUUGACAGAUUUCAGAUGGCUGCUGAGUAGAGCCACUUAUCUCAACUAGUUGUGUUGGUUCUUAAUGGCCAUGCUCUCAAGCAUCUACUUGACAUAUUAUUUUGAAGACUACUUUGCCUCACCUGGAUUUUGAUUCUAUUUACAAUUUGAUGAAAAGCAGUUUCUCAAAAUAUGUUGAAUGAAUCAAUUUGUUGAGAAAAAGAUUAAGGUCUUUUCAUCCUUCUAAUGUUAGAUUUUCAAUUUUCAAGAAGUUCAAUCAAUAUGAUGUCUCUUUAAUUGAAA